AUGGCUUGCCGGCGCCAAGGUUCGGACACCGUAUCUUUGAACAGUACAGCAUACUACGAAGAACAAGAACAACCAAAAACAGAAAUGAAUAAAAUUAUAUUAGGAUUAAUUGCGGUAUAUGUCUUACUGAUAUUCAAAACAAAUGGUGAAGAAUUCCAGGGACAACAUGGAUAUGCUGUUCAAAAGCGAGCUACUACUUUAAAUAAUACUGAAAUAGUAAUAAGUCCAGUUAGAUCUCUUCAGGCAGUAAUUGGAGACAUACCGACCUUUUUAAAUUUUGUGAUUAACGAUUUAGGUGGUAAUGUUAAAAAUUCAAUGAAUAACAUAAUAAAUGCUAUUGACAGAUUAGUUAUACACCAUCCUCCAGCUAUUGAUUCAUUACUUAGUGGACUGCUGGAUGCUUCUUUAUUAGCAUCAUGUACUCAGUUAUUAACAGGCAUGAAUACAACAAUUACAAAUGUUGGAACUGAAGUUCAAAAUGUUGUUUCAACAUUAAAAUCGCCGACAAAAAGUUAUAUUAAGAAUAUUAUCGAUAAUGUUAAUAACAUCUUAAAAUCGACAACAGUUUCGGAAUUAAUAUCAAAACUGCGUGAAUUAUUAGCAUCUAUCACACAGUCCAUGGGUAGUUUGGUGCCAAUUGUGGCUAAUUUAGAAACAGCUUUCACAGAUAUAUUGGGUAAUGAUUUUAGUGGUAGACUAAGUUCAUUAAUAGGUGUUCUUAGAACUGUAAUAGAAGGAAAAUCAUUAACACUUGCUGAUAAAUAUAUAAUUGGUAAUCUUGGUACAUUAUUAGGUAACGUAGACUCAAUAUUCGCUAUGAACGUUAAGCUUCUGGCAGAUGUCGAAAGGGAUUUAUCAUAUUUGCAAGUAAUUAUUACUAGAAUUACGCUAACACUACAAGCAUUAGCUUCAAUUGCUUUAGAUAAAAAUAUUCAAUCGGCAAAUUAA